AUGGAUGAAGCAGACAUUGCUGUAGAGUUUCUAUUGGAAAACCUCGAGUUAGUACUGAGCAAUGCCUCCCAUUCAAUCCUUGUUGCAGACUGCCUGAUUGUGAUAUCCCUCUAUGAGGAUCUGAAAAUCAUUAAAUCCUUUCUGAAAAGAUUAGGACAAGCCCCGUUUGACCAAAAGGAAAACCAAGCUUUCUUGCUUACAGAGAUUAGAGAUGUGGUCUUGAAGAUAUUAGAUGCCACUGACUCUUAUGUCAUCAAUGCUGUCAAAAACAACAAUAAUAUAACUGGAACAGAUGUUGAUAGUCUCUUCAAGAAAUCCCGAGAGCUUGCUUUCCGUGCAAAACAGAUUGAUUUAUUCAAGAAAGAACUGUUGUCUCUUCAUAAUGAUGCCUCCAGUUCUUUCCUGGCAGUUGAAGAAGUUGGGAUAGCUUCAGAUGAAGUUUUGUCAAGAACCAAGAACAGUGUUUCCAUUUUGAAGGAAGAAAAAAUGGUAGGCUUUGAUGAUGAGGUAACCUUGCUGCUGGACAAGCUUACUGGGGAAGAGAAGCAACUGGAGGUGAUUUCCCUUGUUGGGAUGGCAGGAAUUGGCAAGACAACUUUGGCAAAAAGAUUGUAUAACGAUCCACGGGUUGUUUAUCACUUCCAUGUUCAUGGAUGGACUUCUGGGCUUCAAAAUCUUGAGGUAAAAAAUGCAUUGCAUGACAUCUUAAGUUUAAUCACCGAUGAUAAAAAAUCUCUGCACAAAAUGACUCGUGAUGAAAUUGGAGAGAAGUUGUACAAGCGUUUAAAGGGGAAAAGAUAUCUUGUUGUUAUUGAUGAUAUAUGGGAUUUUGGGUCCUGGAGCACGAUGAAGUGGUAUUUUCCAGAUGAUAUGAUAGGUAGUAAAAUCUUGAUCACUAGUCAGAUCAAAGAUGCGGUUUUGGAAAUAAGUCCACGCAACUCUGUUCAUUUUCUGCGAUUUCUGAAUCACGAUGAGAGUUGGAACUUAUUUGAAAGUAAAGUUUUUACUAAUGAAACCUGCCCUGAAGAGCUCAUGGAAUUAGGGAGUGAAAUUGUUGCAAAAUGCGAAGGACUACCACUCGCAAUUGUUGUUUUAGCUGGGCUUGCAAAGAAAAAUAAGACUCAAGAGUGGUGGAAUUACAUUAAUCAGAACACAACUGCAUGUUUAGGUGGUGAACAAGAAAAAUUCAUGGGCAUUUUAGGAUUGAGUUAUCAACACUUGCCUAGUUCAUUGAAAUCGUGCUUUCUUUAUCUUGGAUCAUUUCCCUGGAACCAUGAAAUCCCCGUGAAGAAACUAAUCCCGUCAUGGAUUGCGGAGGGAUUUGUCGAGUCUAAUGGAGAAAAGAAAGUGGAAGAUGUAGCAGAAGAUUACUUGAAAGAUCUUGUUGACAGAAGUCUAGUUAUGGUUUCCAAGAGAAGGUCCAAUGGCGGCAUUAAGACUUUCCAUGUUCAUGAUCUAUUAAGAGAUUUAUGUGUCCAGAAAGCCAAGGAUGAGAAGUUCUUGCAGCCGAGUUGGCGGAUAUUCACAAAUUUCUAA